AUGCCUGCCGCCUACGAGGCCGCCACAGCCUUCGCCUCUUACGCCAACUGGCUGCUGCCCGGCGCGCUGCUCGUCGGCCGCUAUCCUUACAUCGAGCCCUCUCGCUGCGCCAGCCACGACCAGGGAGAGGCGCAGCUCGACGCCAUCAUAUCCGCGGGGCCCCACGUGUUUGUGAGCCUGCAGGCCGAGCUGCCGCCGCAGGCCGAGAUGCGGAUCGGCGGUGUUAACGGGUUCAUGCCGUACAAGGCGGUCGCGGAGCUCAUCGCUGCCGCGCGCACGCCGUGA